UCGGAGUCCUACAUCCAGUGAAGAGCAGAUGGCCCAGAGUUUCUCUGACGGCUCUGGAGGUUUUGAGACAGACAGCUCCAAGGAGGAGCCUGGCCAUGGAGGACCGGGAGGGGAAAGGACUAGCAGGAGGACAGACAGGAGGACAUACAGGAGGGCAGAGAGGGACAGGGCUGCCCGUAGGGAGUCACUGGAAUUCUGUGUGGUCAUCCCUGACCUGCAGCAGUCUAAGUGUAUGAGGUUUAAGCCCGAGGCCACGGUGUGGGUUGCCAAGCAGCAGAUCCUGUGUACACUGACCCAGACUUUGAGGGACGUGCUGAACUACGGCCUCUUCCAGCCCGCUGUGGAGGGCCGAGAGUCCGGCUUCCUGGAUGAGGAGUGUGCCCUUAAAGACUACCCUACUCCCACCAACACGAAGGGGGUCCCCACUCUGGAGUUCCGUUACAAGAGCCGGGUCUAUCAACAGCCCAAUGUGAAUGAGAAGCAGAUCGCCAAAAUCCACACGCAGGCCAACUACAGGAAAUUAAUGGAUCACAUUCAGCAUCACCAGCUGGAUAAACUAGCAAAAAUGCUGGAGAAAGGCCUCGAUCCCAACUACCACGACCCAGACACUGGUGAAACUCCACUGACCUUCGCUGCCCACCUGGACAAUGUGGCUCAGGUCAUCGUUGUACUGAAACACGGUGGAGCACAUCUUGACUUCAGAUCACAAGAUGGGAUGACCGCUCUCCACAAAGCAGUCAGGGCAAAGAAUCAGGUCACACUGAAGGCUCUACUGGAACUAGGCGCUUCCCCAGACUACAAGGACAGUCAAAGUCUGACGCCACUGUACCACACAGUCCUGGUGGGAGGAGACUCAGGUUGCUGUGAGCUCCUGCUGAGGGCCCGCGCCACAGUCUCCUGCCACGACGAGAAUGGCUGGCACGAGAUACACCAGGCGUGUAGAUAUGGACAUGUCCACCACCUGGAGCAGCUGUUGUUCUAUGGAGCAGAUAUGGGUGUCAUGAACGCCUCUGGAAACACGGCUCUACACAUCUGUGCUCUAUACAAAGAGGAACACUGUGCCAGAGUACUGCUUGUUCGUGGUGCCAACAAGGAAGUGAAGAACUACAGAAGCCAAACACCAUUCCAGGUGGCCAUCAUCGCAGGAAACUUUGAAUUGGCAGAAUUAAUCAAGAACCAUAAAGAGACUGAUAUCGUGCCUUUCAAGGAGGCGCCGGCCCAACCCACCCGGCGCCAGCAGGCCCCACGGAGUACACUAGCUGCUCCACGGUCUGUGCUCCUACGCUCCAACAGCGACAACAACCUGAACGUGAACAACCGGUCACCCCUGCCCUCGCCGUGCCACUCUCCCCUUCAUAGCCUCUCCCCCCGUCGGCCCCAGCAGCAGCAGAUGCCCAGCCCUAAUGGAACAGUCAGGACCAUGGGGAAGGGAGCUCCCCGCCCUCCCCGUUCACGUUCGCCCUCCCUGGGGCGCCUGGGGGAGGAGACACCCAGACAGAUCCCCCAGCGCCAGCCCAGCCCACACAAGGGUCGGGAAGAGUUCACUGGUGGCACAGACCGCCAGGGGCCCCAGUGUAAGCUGUACAGUGCUGUGGCAGGGAAGCACUUUGUGGUGACUAAGUCCUACCAGCCACAGGCCGAAGGGGAGAUCACCCUGUACCAGAACGACAGGGUCAAAGUGCUCUCCAUAGGUGAGGGUGGUUUCUGGGAGGGCAGUGCCAGGGGUAACGUGGGAUGGUUCCCAGCAGAGUGUGUGGAGGAGACCCCUAACCAAGAGGAAAGACCAUAUGCCCGAGCAGACAGGGCUGAGAGAAGGAAGCUUUUCAGGCACUACACCGUGGGGUCCUACGACAGCUUUGAUGCAUCAAGCAACUGUGUUAUUGACGAGAAGACGGUAGUCCUACAGAAGAAGGAUAAUGAGGGAUUCGGGUUUGUGCUGCGAGGGGCGAAAGCGGACACGCCCAUCGAGGAGUUCACCCCUACACCCGCCUUCCCCGCCCUGCAGUACCUGGAGUCUGUGGACGAGGGCGGGGUUGCAUGGCGGGCGGGGCUUCGCAACGGAGACUUCCUCAUCGAGGUGAACCAGGAAAAUGUUGUGAAGGUGGGCCACAAACAGGUGGUCAAUACGAUCCGACACGGGGGCAACCGGCUCAUCAUCAAAGUGGUGACAGUUAGCAGGAAUCUGGACCCUGAUGACACGGCCAGGAAGAAAGUGGCCACACCUCCACGUAGGACUCCUCCCGCUGCCCUGUCCAUGGCCAUGCGCUCCAAAUCCAUGACCUCAGAGCUGGAGGAGCUAGGUAGGAAUCAGCAAAGCGUCCUCCAUAUACCUGUGGACCUGUGAGAAUAGAAUUCCAAGAGAUCAAAUGCAUUUUUUAUGCUUGUGGUUUGUUCUAUGUGUGUUUGUUUAGUGAUUUGAUUAUCAGGAAAACCUUUUUAAAAGUAACUGUGCACUCCUGAUUUUUUUUCAA